GUGGAUAUAGGAACAUUAUUACAUAAUUACUCUUGUAACAUUACAUGUAUCCUCGAUUGCAAUCAUUUUAUUGUGAAAGUCUGGGCCGGAAAUCUGACAGUAUCAGUGGCGCCAUAAACCUGCAUGGAUGGUUUCGAAGCUGCAGAAAGGAAAGCGAAACACUAAUCAUUCAUCGCUCAGAUAUCAAGUUCUUCGAUCAACCGCUGCAGCCAUGCUGACCUGUGAAAUCUGUGGUGAAGAAAUAAUGUUGGAGGAAGACAUGAAGACACAUCUCCUUCUCAGCCACCUGGAAAAUGACAUGCACUGUCCACUCUGUUCCUUGUCUGGAGUGUCCUACGAUGAACUCUGCUUCCACAUCAGCUCUGCACAUCCAGAGAAGCAGCCCAGAGUCCAGGAUCAGGCUCACUUCCCAUCCACUUCAGGCUGCUCUGCUGAAACAAGUACUGGUGUAACUGUGACCAAAAAGCCCCAGACACCUGAGUCUUGCUUGGCUGGAGAUAGCUGUGAUACAGCUGGUGAAGCAACACCCACCCAUGCCUGUAGUGUUACCACAGACUCAGUGCGACCUAAACAGAAUAGUACAAUACAAAGUGAGGGCUCAUCAGCUGGAGAGACUGCACUUAUCACUUCGACUUUGACGACACAGAUCCCUAAAACCAGACAGAAAUCUGUCGGGCACUGUAAUGAGAACAGUAAUGGAAUUAAAUCUGAGCAGAGCAAAGCCAAGCAGAAGCGGUUGUCUUUCCCAAGAAAAGAGAAGCUGCUCUCCUGCCCCAUGUGUGCACUGGUCUGUAGCAGCUCUUUUAUUCUGCAGGAGCAUGUUGAGUUGCAUCUACAGGAACAGCACUCAGCUGAAGGGUCAGCACUGGUGUGUUCAGCUGCCAGGACAUCACCAUCAGCCAGCAGUCUCUCAGGAGAGAAAAGAUUUGAGUGCCCUCUGUGCUCUGUUGUCUGCAGUGACGGCUUCUCUCUGCAGGAACAUGUGGAACUGCAUUUAGAUGACAGAGCAGCUGUGAACUCUGCAGAGAGACUGGGGUCAGACCUGAAGCUGGCUAGACAGCUUCAGCAGGAGGAAGAGCAGAGGAGGAGGCAGAAGGAGGCCUGGCAGGAAAGAGAGGAGUUCAAGAAGCUGCAGAGGCAGUUUGGAGUGGACGGCAGAGGGGGCUACUGUAGACAGAUGGAGAGGACCAUGGAGAGAGCUGUAGCCAGGGGCCUUAUUACCCCUGCAGAGUUUCACUGUAAGAGAGCUGAGAUGAUGGAGUCUCUGGCCUCAGGGAUUGAUGACGGCAGAACCAGAACUCAGGGUGUGGUCAGAGCGUUAUCUGAAUAUUACCAGACUGAAUGCAGAGACAGUGUCCACGUGUGGUUGAGUGCAGAUACCGACCACUUCUGCUCCUCAGCAGGGGAUAAAGGCUGGGGCUGUGGAUACAGAAACCUCCAGAUGCUCCUCUCCUCUCUGCACAGAAUUGAUGCAUAUGCUCCCUUUCUACAAGAGAAGACAGUGCCUAGUAUCCCCCGGGUGCAGAGUAUGAUUGAGAAGGCUUGGAAAGAAGGGCUUGAUCCACAUGGUGCUUCCCACUUCAACCAGCGGCUGCAGGGAACACGAGCCUGGAUCGGAGCCACAGAGAUCUACGUCCUCCUUACCUCUCUGGGAAUCAGUGCCCGCAUCAUUGACUUCCACCAGCCCACAGGCCCAGGUGACACCCACAACCGGCUGUUUGACUGGGUGAAGCAGUACUUCCAGUACAGCAGGAGCAGCGGACUGAUACCCAGACUCAUCCGCACCUCCCUGCCCCCUCUUUACCUGCAGCACCAAGGUCACAGCCGCUCUAUAGUGGGCUUGGAGCAGAGGCAAAAUGGGAGCCUGUGCCUACUGCUUCUCGAUCCUGGCAGUUCAGCAUCAGACACCAGGAAGCUGCUGAGCAAGGGCACAGUCUCAACAGCUGUCCACCACAUCAGGAAGUUCCCUGGCAGCCUGAGACACAAACAGUACCAGGUGGUGGCUGUGCAGGGCAUGUUGUCUGCUGAGGAGAAACAGGUGAGGUGGCAUGGAACAGAGGUGUGUGUGUGUGUGUGUGUGUGUGUGUGUGUGUGUGAGAGAGAGAGAGAGAUCAGAUUAAGUCCCCAUGUAGCACUCAGUACUUUUACAUACACAGUUAUUCCGAGCUGCAGUUAUAGCUUGACCAGGCCGUUUCAUUAGACUACUGUCCUUGUCCCAGUAUACAAGCACGGAAGGGGAAUCGAAUUAUUUACUGAAGUAUGCUUGACUCUACUACGAUAGCUGACAAUAUGCCCCCUUUCAGCUUGUUAGUAUUGGACCUUUUUCUGGUUGACCUAUUACUUCACAGACCAAACAACCGACAAACAAGUUAGCUAAGGUUAGCUAGCACCAAACUGGUACCAGGGUGGACAACUUACAGCUGUGUACAUGCUGUACACUUUACUCGUUGUACAGAUGAGGUGCACACUGGAUGUAGAUUUUGCUAUGUUGGUAGCAGCUCCUUCUUCUUCUGUUACACAUUUAAUGCUAUUCAACUUCCAGGUCAAAGCUCGGGGCAGAAACUGUGGAACAUGCGCAGAGCGCCUCGGCUACUUUGGGUCAGAUUGACUCCAUACAUACAGGAGUUAUUCAACUCCCAACCUCAUUAUCUGGGUGCAUUAGUCCAACAUGGAGAAGUUCAGUUUAGUGCAAUUUCAAUCAGACUAACACGUUUAUAUCAAUUUUAAAAGUCUGGUUUUAGUCGGACUAAUAAAUCGAUUUUCUCUAGUGUUAUGUAAACGUACUGACUGUUCCUUCACUGUGAUGUCAUGACUAAACUUGUUGAUCUUGUUUGAUUCUUGUCUGAAGGUCUUUACAGUCCUUAAAUUAGACGUUUGAUGUGCAGAAAGUUCUUUAUCUGUAUAU